GCCAGCAGCCCUCACUUUAGGUCAGCUUUAAAACUGUAGAAGUCGUGUUUUAGUCCAUUGAAGUUUUCAGGUUUGGAAGUCACCAUGGUUGACAGCAUGGACAUGGAGAAGCAACAGAAGCGUUACUGCAUCCGCUGUAAGCAUGUAGUCAUCAUCUGUGUGACUGUAGUGGUGUGCUCUUUGGCAGUGGGACUCGGGGUGGGCCUUACCAGGUCAGACACCACCACCUGAUCCUAACCCUCCACGCCAGCCCCCACAACAAUGCCUACCCUGCCCCCUCCGCCUGGCAGAGGGCCCUGUAUGCCUUCCACUGACUCCAGCGGGGACUGGAAGAAUUUCCGUCUGCCUAGCUACGUGAACCCGGUCCACUAUGACCUGCACAUUGAGCCAGACCUGGAGGACGACACCUACACGGGCACCGUGACAGUCCACUUGGAAGUCAGCAAGCCCACUCGCCAUCUGUGGCUUCACAUUAGAGAGACGUUUGUCAGCGCUAUGCCCAGGCUGAGGAUGCAGAACAGCCAAACAGACCAGAGGGAGGUGGCAGUGAAGAGCUGUUUUGAAUACAGAAGUCAGCAGUAUGUGGUGGUGGAGGCCGCAGAGGAGCUGCCAGUCACCGGCCCAGGAGAGUCGUACAUGCUCAGCUUGGACUUCCAGGGCAGGCUCAACGGUUCUGUUGUGGGAUUCUACCGGGUCAUCUAUAUCGAGGAGGGGGCCACCAAAAAGAUUGCUGCGACUGAUCAUGAGCCAACAGAUGCUCGCAAGUCGUUUCCCUGCUUCGAUGAACCCAACAAGAAGGCCACCUACAACAUUUCCAUCACUCAUGAUGCUAAAUAUGGAGCUCUGUCCAACAUGCCGUCUCAGGGUGCCCCUCAACAACUGCCUGGCAAUAAAUUGAAGACCUCUUUUGUGAAGUCCGUUCCAAUGAGCACCUAUUUGGUAUGUUUUGCUGUGCACCAGUUUGAUCAUGUGGAAAGAACUUCUGCCCGGGGAAUUCCUUUGAGAAUCUACGCCCAGCCAAGUCAGUUAAAAACUGCAGAGUAUGCAGCCAACACAACCAAGGUCAUCUUUGACUACUUUGAGGAAUAUUUCAACAUGAACUACUCCAUCUUAAAACUUGAUAAGAUAGCUAUCCCUGACUUUGGCACUGGUGCCAUGGAAAACUGGGGCCUCAUCACCUACCGGGAGACCAACCUGCUGUAUGAUGCUGAGCAGUCGUCGUCCUACAACAAGCAGCGAGUGGCCAGCGUUAUCGCCCACGAGCUGGUUCACCAGUGGUUUGGGAACAUUGUGACUAUGGAUUGGUGGGAUGAUCUCUGGCUUAAUGAGGGCUUUGCCAGUUUCUUUGAGUACAUCGGUGUGGAGGAAGCUGAACCCAGCUGGGGCAUGCGAGACAUCAUGAUCAUCAGUGAUGUGCUUCCUGUCAUGGUGAACGACGCCCUCCUGUCCUCUCACCCCAUUAUUGUGGAUGUGUCGACCCCAGCAGAGAUCACCUCUGUUUUCGAUGCCAUCUCAUACAGCAAGGGAGCGUCCAUUCUCCGGAUGUUGGAGGAUUGGAUGGGUAAAGACUCCUUCAGAGACGGAUGUCGAAAAUAUUUGAAAGACUACUACUUUAAGAACGCCAACACAGCCAACUUCUGGGCAACUCUCGCCAAUGUGAGUGGGUUGCCAGUUGCUGACGUGAUGGAUACAUGGACCAAACAAAUGGGUUAUCCUGUGCUCGAUCUCUCUGUCUCAGAGAUGAAUGCCAAACUGAGCCAAAAGCGAUUCCUCCUGGAUUCUAAAGCUAAUGCCAGCCAGCCUCCUUCUCCUCUUGGGUACAAGUGGACAAUUCCAGUCAAAUGGCACUCUGUGAAAAGCAACCAAACUAUGUUGGAAAUGUUUGACAAGAGCAGCACAGAGCAGAUCAUCAGAAACUACUCGCCGUCAGUGACGGGACUGCUGAAGGUUAACAAUGACCACAUUGGAUUCUAUAGAGUUAACCAUGACAGCCUCAUGUGGAACGCUAUCAGUGAACAGCUUCAGACCGCCCACUUGGAGUUUGAUGCAGCUGAUCGCACAAGCUACAUUGAUGAUGUUUUUGCUCUUGCAAGGGCAGACGUUAUAGAUUAUGGUAAUGCUUUCAAUCUUACCAAGUACCUGUCAAAAGAGAAUGACUACAUCGUGUGGGACCGUGUGGCCUCCUCCAUCGCCUAUGUCCGUGACAUGUUCUCAGCCAAUGCUGCACUCUACCCAAAGUUUCAGAAACUGAUCCGUGACCACGUUAAAAAUAUCACAAUAGAACUUGGAUGGAAAGAUGAGGGAACACAGACACAGAGGUUACUGAGGGAGACUGUGCUCAGCAUCUCUUGUCAGAUGGGAGAUGAGCAAACUCUGAAUGAAGCCUCUCAUAUCUUUGACCAGUGGAUUAACGGAAGUCUCAGCAACGUAGCAGUGAAUCUGAGGGUGCUGGUCUAUCGAUAUGGCAUGAAGAACUCAGGCACUGCUGAAAAGUGGAACAUAAUGUUCCAGAAGUACAAAAACACUUCUUUGGCUCAAGAGAAGGACAAGCUGCUGUAUGGACUGGCAUCUGUGGAGAACGUGGAACUCCUCUACAAGCUGCUGGAGGCCUCUAAAGAUGAGAGUGUGGUUAGGAGUCAGGAUCUCUUCACUGUGGUGCGAUACGUGUCUGCUAACCCACUGGGGCAGGAAAUGGCCUGGGACUGGACCACACUUAACUGGGACUACCUGGUCAACAGGUACACCAUUAAUGACAGGAACCUUGGUCGCCUACUGAGUCAAAUCACCACCAUUUACAACACAGAGGUCCAGCUUUGGAAGAUGGAGCAUUUCUUCCGUCUGACACCAGAUGCUGGUGCUGGGGAGAUGUCUCGGCAGCAAGCGCUGGAGUCAGUGAGGAACAACAUCGAAUGGAUCAGGAUGAACGAGAAUGAGAUCAGAGGAUGGUUGGAGAACAACGUCCCCUAAAGCUGCACCAGUGUGAAACACAUAUGGCCUUUUCCAAAUCACUAAUUACAAUAACCACAUUAACAACAUUCACACGUAUUUGAUCUACAAAGGGAAAGUCCCAUUUUGCUUCAAUGUAUUUUUUUAAGCUUGUAAGUUUUCCUUUGCUAGCUCAGAGAGUGCAGCCAUGGUCUUCUGACCCUCUAUUAUUUGAUGAUGCAUUCUGCCUAAUCCUCCCCUCGAUGUGCAGCACACAAAAACAAGUACACACCACUCUCUGUGCAUGCGUAUGUUUGUAUUUGUGACCAAUAAUGUGUUAACUUGCUGGAGAUGAAGAGUUGAAUUAAUAAAUGUUUACUAAAAUGCA